AUGCGUUUUGAGAAGAAAGGAAAGUUAAGUCCUCGUUUUGUUGGACCAUUUGAGAUCUUAGAGAGGGUUGGUGUUGUGGCGUAUCGCUUGGCAUUACCACCAUCUCUCUCUGCAGUUCAUAAUGUUUUCCAUGUUUCGAUGUUGAGGAAGUAUGUGGCCGAUACAUCUCAUGUAGUGGACUAUGAACCCUUGGAGAUUGAUGAGCAUUUGAGCUAUGUAGAACAACCUGUGGAGAUUCUGGCUAGAGAGGUAAAGAUGCUUCGUAAUAGAAGCAUUCCAUUAGUAAAGGUUUUGUGGCAGAAUCAUCGAAUUGAAGAGGCGACAUGGGAGCGAGAAGAAGAGAUGAGCAGAGUUAUUUCAGGAUUAAAACUUUCGAGGACGAAAGUUUCUUAA